UUGUUUACACUUUUCGUGGCGUUUUUGUGGUUCUUUCUUGUAACUUUCUAAGAGCUUGUGAUAAUAUCUUGUCAUAAAGCUCAAAUGUAUCCGUGGAUGUUAUUAUGUUUCUAUUUUCGAUAAUUUACUCUCUCUGAUCCUACCAUCUACUUAGCCAUGAGUCAAAACCAAAUUGGCAUGGAUUUAUCCGUUGUUUUAUCUCAGCUGAAGAUCACUGAACGAAAUGCAGAAAAUCUUCACCGGAUUUUGCCUUUGACUCAGGUACUUCGUGAAUACAACUGUGCUGAGGUGGAUCACAUUGUUCGCACACUAACAGAAUCAUGGUUGGAAUGCUUUUCACUGGAGACCUUAGAGAAAGAACUUCUUCAAGAUAUCUUUUUUGUCAUCAAGAGUAGAAUUUUAUUGGCUUACAACAUAGUGGAAGAUAUUAUAAAGAACAAGAACUUUUCUCAAGUGAACCAGCAAUUAAUUGAAGAAAAAUUAAUGGAAAAUGUGAAUCUUCUAACAGCUGUCGAAAAUGUCUUAGUAUUCUACUCAAAAUUUACAGAAAUCUCGGCAAAUUAUGUUCCUCUUACAUUAUUGUUGGUCAAUAAGGUUGUGCUGGCUGGUUACUGUCAUUUCAAAAACUGUUUUAGUGAUGAAUUUUGUACGAGUGACGUUGAAAAUAUUAGGAAAUUAUACUCAAAUUUAUUUCAAAAGAGUCACAGUAUCCUAAUCCUUUUUUCACAACUUGUCACUCGAAAGGUCUGCUUCAACUGUGAACAUGAAUCAGAAAUGAUCCUCCUUCUUCAAAUAUUAGAUUCUAUUCCUGAUGUAGCAGAUGCUUUAAUGAAUAGUUUUGAUAUGAAAAUGAUGGCGAUUCAAUGGAAAUUUUUCUUCAACUUAGCUCAAAAGCAUAUUAAGCAUAUUCAUGCUCGGUUUGAUGUUUCGAAGUCUCUAACUUCUUUGAUCGAUCAAGUUAUUUCCAGAAUGGACCAGAUAAUUAAUAAGGAAAUCAGUGAAAGUAAAGACAUAACAAAAAACUUGAAAACUUGCAAUUUUUUUGUAAAAAUUAUCUUCAAUACUUGUGAAUUAUUUCAAGAUGAAAACAAAUCGUGCUACCCCAAAAUAGUCUCUUUUUUGUGCUACAUUCUUGGGACUUCCUCACCAUACUUAAUCUCAAUUGAUUUGCCCAGACCCACAAUUCAGGAAACAGAAACCCUAUUAACAUCAUUUUCAGAACCAUUUUUGAACCUCAUGAUCAUGGAUUCGCAAUUCAUUCAAGAAUUUUUCAGCUUGUCUUCAGCUGAAAUUGUAGAGCCUAUUAAUGAAAUUGGAAUUUUCCUCCUGACUGUCACAAUUUUAAGGAAGUUGCUUUCACACCCAGAUAAAAAGGCUGUUGAAGAUAGGUGGAUCAAACAUGACUUUAACAUUUUGAACGUGCCUUUCAAUGUAGUGAGAAAUGAUAAUACGCACUUGUUCUUUCACAUAACUCUACCGGGAGAGUUGUAUGGUGAUGGCAGCGCUUCGGAAAUUCAUCCUUAUCGAAGUCUUAUGAUAUCCUUAUCAGCAUUCAUUGUGAGAAUGAUUUCAGAAGAUGAUUCCUCUCGUGUAGAAUUAACAUUGCUGAAAAAUGUGUGCCAGCCUGAAAUUUGGCCUGCAGUUCUUGCAUCUGAUGUGUGGUGCGCAGUCUCUAGGUAUGCAUCUCCCGAACUGUGUUUACAUCAAGUUGAGUUUUUCGUCAAAAAAAUUCUAAUUUGGCCCUCUGAGAAGAAAAACCAACCAGAGUGGAUCUACUUCACCUGUCUGGCAUCAAGAUUGUUCUCUUUCCUGUCAAAUCAUCAUAAAGAGAAGAUUAUCAAAAACCAUCCUCUCUCGGCUGAGAAUUUUUGCAUCUGGAGUGCUUUGAGAAUUCAUCCGCCAGAAGGAGGACAGCAGAAAUCGGCAGAAUGGCUCAUUCGAGGAACGUUGAUUGAUUUUCUCAUCUCAGAAAAGAAAACCAAACUCACAAACAUGAUAGCUGCUUUAGAUAUUGCGUGUGCUCUUGACUUUGACGCAGCACCAAGACAAGGGGAGCACUUCAUUAAACUAACGCUUCAGCUAUGGAACUGUUUCUCAAACGUAGAUUCGAUUUUAAGCUCAGAAGAAAGUAGCUGUGGAGAGAAACUAUGGUUCAAUAAUUUCUUGAAUGCUCUCUGCCGAGUCACUGUUCAUCUUUUCAGCAAAUUUGACAAUAGUCAAAUUUUUAAUAUUUUGUUGAAGUUAAAGGAUUUGUGUUCAAAAGGCAAUUCUUUUCCCAAGAUGUGCACUUUGAUCAUUCUGACUGCAUUAAGUGAUAAAAUUCUUGAAGAGGAUGAUAGAAAAAAUCAAAUCAUCAGAACCACAACGGAAUUGUUUCAGGCUUUGCUCUGUGACUCAAAUCCUACCGUGCGUCAAAAAAGUUACGAGACAUUUGAAUAUUUCUCCAUCAUUACUAGGUAUGGCGAAGUGAUAUCGUUGACUGCUGGCAAAAAUCCAAACUUAAAAGAAUGCAUCAAGAGAUAUCUGAACCACUCUCCUGGAAAGUUUCUCAAUCCUUUGGAUGAAAGUGAAUACUUGGAAAAAUUACAUAAAAUAAAGUAUUCUCACAAAUGCUCAGUGCCCAUAGACCCUACAACCCUUAAGCCUAUCUGCAUCCUUAAGAACGAGGCUCAGUCGUGUGAAGAGGUGCCAUUGAAGAAAAUUAAACUUGACUGUAAAUCAGAAAUAGAUACUUGUAUUAAUGCUAUCAAAACUAACGGUUCUUCUCUUCUUCAGUUAACGGUCCAGAGCAUUAGUCAAGUCAGCGAGGACCAAAAGAGACAGUUAACUUCUGUCCUGAGGGCUCUAACCGAGCGAUUUCAAUGAACGGCUGAACGGCUAAUUGGUCAUUGAACUUGAAUCGGAAUUUAACACUUUUCUAUUUAUUAUCUGCUGUGAUCUUAUUUCUAUAAGUGUUUGUAAACGACUGAACGGCUAAUUGGUCAUUGAACUUUAAUCGUAGUUUAACUCUUUUCUCUUUGUUUUUUGCUGUGAUCUUAUUUCUAUAAGUGUUUGUUGUUUAAAAUAUCUUUACUUUUUAUUCUUGUGGCUGUUUGUGUUGCGUAGUUGCAAUUGCAUUUUAGUCUGUGGUAUGAACACCGUUUAAACUUUUAACUCUGUUUUAACAGUCACUAAUUUAUUUUAUUUUUUUCUACUACUACUAUUCCUCCGGAGUACCACUACUACUACUACUACUCUGGCAAAUCGCAUUUCCUCAUUUUGUGCUAUUUAAAAAAAAAAAGGAAAUUUUUGGCUGCAUAAUCUUUUCUGACUAAAGAAUUAUCUCUCCUUAUUUUGAGCAAGAAUCAUGAAGAAAAUGAAUGCAAUUUGUUCCCUUGUUUUAUUUUAUUUCUAAUUUUCCCCCCCAGAGUAGUUUUUUUUUAUUAAAUUGCCUGUUUUUUUAAGAAUGGACUCGAAAGCUACCUAUUCCUCAGUUUUUUAUGCAAUGCUUCCAAUUCUCUGAAUUUCUUCUCCCUCCAAUUUGGAAUAAAAAACCAAAUAAAAUUGUUUUUAAAAUAUAACAAAUACCUAUUCAUUCUAUUCAGAAUCAAAAUUUUCAACACUUAUGUUGUAAAAGAAAACCACACCAAAAUCCUUUGUUCUCCUCUCUUGUUAGCAUUAAUAUGAUAAGUUAACAUGUAUCCUGUCCUGGUUUUAUGGAAUUUACAAGUUAUCUUUCCGCAGUAAUCCAGCUGUUCAUUUUACAUUUUUUAGAACUGAAAUUAUAAUUAUAGGAGAUAUCCAAUCAAUAAAAAAAUGUGGAAUAGAUGUCAAGUAGGUGACUCAUGCAUUAUGAUGUAGCGCUAAGUACAUAUUUGCUACGCACGCUAUGUACGUAUCGCCAAGUGAUAUUUCUGCACAGUAGAGGUACCCAUUCCUCGCUGUCUUCAACCUAGGUACUUGUCAAGAACCGUGUAUUUGAGAAAUUUUAAAGAAUUGGUUCUGUUUUAUAUCUUGAAUAAAAUAAGUUUCAUAAAAAUA